UGCGCGGUGGGCGUGAUCCGGGCACUUAGGGCAGGAUGAACGCUGCUUUCCAAGAUGGCGACGGAGGGAGGAGGGAAGGAGAUGAACGAGAUUAAGACCCAAUUCACCACCCGGGAAGGUCUGUACAAGCUGCUACCACACUCGGAGUACAGCCGGCCCAACCGGGUGCCCUUCAACUCGCAGGGAUCCAACCCUGUCCGCGUCUCCUUCGUCAACCUCAACGACCAGUCUGGCAACGGCGACCGCCUCUGCUUCAAUGUGGGCCGGGAGCUCUACUUCUAUAUCUACAAGGGGGUCCGCAAGGCUGCUGACUUGAGUAAACCAAUAGAUAAAAGGAUAUACAAAGGAACACAGCCUACUUGUCAUGACUUCAACCACCUAACAGCCACAGCAGAAAGUGUCUCUCUCCUAGUGGGCUUUUCCGCAGGCCAAGUCCAGCUUAUAGACCCAAUCAAAAAAGAAACUAGCAAACUAUUUAAUGAGGAAAGACUAAUAGACAAGGCACGCGUAACCUGUGUCAAAUGGGUGCCCGGUUCGGAAAGCCUUUUCCUAGUAGCCCAUUCGAGUGGGAACAUGUACUUGUAUAAUGUGGAGCACACUUGUGGCACCACAGCCCCCCACUACCAGCUUCUGAAGCAGGGAGAGAGCUUUGCCGUGCACACUUGCAAGAGCAAAUCCACGAGGAACCCUCUCCUUAAGUGGACGGUGGGCGAGGGGGCCCUCAGCGAGUUUGCUUUCUCCCCAGAUGGCAAGUUCUUAGCAUGCGUGAGCCAGGACGGGUUUCUGCGGGUGUUCAAUUUCGACUCGGUGGAGCUGCACGGUACGAUGAAAAGCUACUUUGGGGGCUUGCUGUGUGUGUGCUGGAGCCCAGAUGGCAAGUACAUUGUGACAGGUGGAGAGGACGACUUGGUGACAGUCUGGUCCUUUGUAGACUGCCGAGUAAUAGCUAGAGGCCACGGGCACAAAUCCUGGGUCAGUGUUGUGGCAUUCGAUCCCUAUACUACUAGCGUAGAAGAAAGCGACCCUAUGGAGUUUAGUGGCAGUGAUGAGGACUUCCAGGACCUUCUUCAUUUUGGCAGAGAUCGAGCAAACAGUACACAGUCCCGGCUGUCCAAGCGGAACUCUACCGACAGCCGCCCCGUAAGUGUUACGUACCGGUUUGGUUCAGUGGGCCAGGAUACACAGCUGUGUUUGUGGGACCUUACGGAAGACAUCCUUUUCCCUCACCAACCCCUCUCAAGAGCAAGGACACACACAAAUGUCAUGAAUGCCACAAGUCCUCCCGCUGGAAGUAAUGGGAACAGUGUCACAACACCCGGGAACUCUGUGCCCCCUCCACUGCCUCGGUCCAACAGCCUUCCCCACUCGGCGGUCUCCAAUGCAGGCAGCAAAAGCAGCGUCAUGGAUGGGGCCAUUGCCUCUGGGGUCAGCAAAUUCGCAACACUCUCACUGCACGACCGAAAGGAGAGACAUCAUGAGAAAGACCACAAGCGAAACCAUAGCAUGGGACACAUUUCUAGCAAGAGCAGUGACAAACUGAAUCUAGUUACUAAAACCAAAACGGACCCCGCUAAAACUUUGGGAACGCCAUUGUGUCCUCGGAUGGAAGACGUUCCCUUGUUAGAGCCUCUGAUCUGUAAAAAGAUAGCACAUGAAAGACUGACUGUAUUAAUUUUUCUUGAAGACUGUAUAGUCACUGCUUGUCAGGAGGGAUUUAUUUGCACAUGGGGAAGGCCUGGUAAAGUGGGCUUAUUGUCAUCCCCAAACCAGGCCAGUUCUCCAGGUGGAACUGUAGUGUAGCGACCCCACUGCGCUCAGACUCCCCGACGCGCGGGACUGCAGGGACCGAGGAUGACGACGGAGAGCCGCGCUGGAGCCACGCCAGGGUGGCAGGCCUCAGGCAGGCAGGCAGACAUCCCGAGGGCCGUGCAGACCCGUGAUGUGGUGCCGUGCUGCGCACUCUGCUGCCCGCCCAAAGAAGUUUCCAUUUGAAGUCGGUCUGUUGGGGCUGCAGUAAAAAUAAGAAAUGGUGUUUUCUUGUUUUUUACUCUAAAACUCGAUGUAAUGAAAUCUCACACAUAUAUAAUAUAUACAUAUAUACAUAGUGUAAAUAAAGUGCUUCUUGGACAGAGACCUCCUUGAUUCAGCUGUUACGAGUAGUACUUCCCUCACUGGUUUUGCACUGGUUUUUUAUACUUUGGGUGGUCAGAAGACAACCUAGAAUGCACUCAAACAGAAAGGGUUUACUUUCUGACUUAAAUGUGUAAUUCAGGAAGGUGUAUGCGUCAGUCUUACAUGUUGAAAUAUUGUUUGCACUUCAAUAGUUUAAUGCUAAUAGAAAAUGGCUCUGAGUGUGGUGGAUCCCUGGCCCCUCACGGUGUGAAGGGAAGACAUCCUUUUUUAUCUGUUAAUGUUUAUUUUAAUACUGUUGUUUCUAAUGCAAUCAACUCUGUAUAAUGUGUAUAUAUAAUGUAAUUCUGCAACUGGGGGAAAUAGCUACUUCACUAGUACUUUUCAUCAUUUAAGAGUGAUAUUUCUAAUUUACAAGAAACAUUAAUAUUAAAAUUAUCUUGAAUAUAC